CGUGACCGCGCGGAGUGCGUGUAGCCGACAAGCCCGCACAGCAUCCCGGAGAGGAGCUUCAUCUGAGGCUGGAUUCGGAUCCAGGAGAGACGCGAGAACCGCUCAGAGCAGCCAGUUUGAAAAUGGCCACAGACGAGCUGUCGUCCAAGCUGAACCGUCGGCUGCAGAUAGAAGACGGAAGCGAGGAGCCCGUGGCCGUGGACGUGCCCGGGGAGCAGAACGGCUCCGAGGACAAGGCGAGCACCGCCAACGCCGACUCGGAGCUGGGCGCCAAGCUGCUCCGGAGGGGCGAGCUGAACGAGGGCCAGGCCGAGCCGAGCCAGCCCAGCAUGAAGGUGUUCAACCCUUACACCGAGUUCAAGGAGUUCUCCCGGAAGCAGAUCAAAGACAUGGAGAAGAUGUUCAAAACGUAUGAUGCCGGCAAAGACAACUUCAUCGACUUGAUGGAGCUGAAGCUGAUGAUGGAGAAGCUGGAAGCUCCGCAGACGCACCUCGGCCUGAAGAACAUGAUCAAGGAGGUGGACGAGGACCUGGACAACAAGCUCAGCUUCAGAGAGUUCCUGCUGAUCUUCAGGAAGGCAGCGGCCGGAGAGCUUGCAGAGGACAGCGGCCUCGGCGUCCUCGCACGUCUCUCUGAGAUCGAUGUCUCCACAGAGGGGGUCAAAGGAGCCAAGACCUUCUUUGAGGCUAAGGUUCACGCCAUCAAUGAGUCCAACCGGUUCGAGGCGGAGAUCCGCCAGGAGCAGGAGGCCAAGAAGAAGCAGGUUGAAGAGCAGAAACAGAGACGAGCUGCUUUCAAAGAGCUGCAGUCGGCCUUCAAGUAACUGCCACGUAGGAGCCUUCACUGUGUGCUGUACUAAUGCUGUCUGUAAAUGAGUGUGUGUGUGUGUGUGUGUGUGUGUGUGUGUGCGUCAGAUCUGCUCCAAGUGCCGUCCACGGAGGUCACUCGUCUCGGACACAAUGAACUGGACACAGUAUGAAAAAUCUGCAGUGUCUAUUCUGAUAACAGACAAAGGACGAUUCAUGUGUCUACAAUUGCGUAUUCAUUCAGCUCCGUAGCUCAGGACGGAGGCUACGGCCGUCUGUCCUGAGCUACAUGAAUGAAUAAUUCUCCUCCCAUCUGUCAUCCAUCCCUGUGUCCUACUAUCGAGCCAUUAUUGCCCACAUAUCAGCUCCUAGUAUAACAUAAAAAAACAACAUUAGGCCUGAGUCCAAGCCAGAAAUCCAGACCAAAGUUUUCCGAUUUUGUGGUUUGGACUCCCAGAACUCAGCAAUGAAGUCAAACCCGUUUAUUUCUAUAGUUUACAUCACAAAUCUGUCUCAGGGGCGUUGCAGUCUUUACAGCUUAUUACUCCUCUGGCCUUACAUGCUCGAGUCAGACACGGAAAAACGUUUUUUUUAUCUGGAAAAAUGGCCAAAACCUCAGGAAGAGCAACAGAGGAGGGAUGGACAGACAGUAUGAAGCAGUAUGAAGUGUAGAGAAUAGACCAAAACCAUCCGACUGGUGGACCACAGACAAUCAAGAUUAAGAAAGUUAAGAAGACUGAAAAGAGAAAUGUUUUCAUUCCUGAUAGAAGAAAUACCCGAAACUAUGCAAGUAAGGCUUCGACUUUGUUGUUUGUUUUAUUUUUUAUUUUAAGAAUUGUUCCCGCUGUAUGCACUCCCCCCCCCGGACGAAUGCGAAGGUUGUCUAAUGUGCCAUUGUGCCACAUGUGGUGCAUCAAAGCUUCCCUUCCAGUGUCAGUCCACUGUAGUCUGCCACAGAGCGGUUCCCCCGGAGGGUCUCCUCCUCGUGUCAGAUGUUCACGUCUCAGCAGAAGACGUGCGGUACUUCUCCUCAGCGUGGUUACGAAAUGGUCGAAACCAGCCUUGAAUCACUGAGCUUACUUCCUGUGACGGUCUUUGCUUGUUGUGAAAUCAAGCUUGUUGGGCGCGUAUACUGUAAUCAGAUAAAUGUUUUAGCUCACGUUCACACAACUGCACUUACUUGGUGAUAUGAUGCAAGUGUCUUAAUCGAGAGGUAUUAGAGUUAAUGUUGAUUUAGUUGUUGUUGUUUUAUAUCAACUGUGUUCCUGUCUUGGAUAUUUACAGUGUUGAUGUUGAGAUUGUUUGGUGGAUUGUUCUAACCCCUAAUAUCAGCUUAACACCGUAGAAUAUAUUGAUAAUGGACUCAACAUAUAUAGAUAUAUAUAUAUCGGUAAAAUCAAAAUGACACGUCUAGAAGAACUUCGGCUCAGAUGUAACUCUACACCUACCGACGACUCAAACACUGUAAACCUGCUCUACAUGUAUGCUUUCACUUCUUCAUGAAAAACACCUUUGUAGGAGUUCUUUAAACUUCCCAUAAAUUCGUUGUUGACGACUCAACACAGUGUCUCGUUGGGUUUUCCUUGGAGGACAUUUGGGGAUUUCAGGGUUAAAACACGUUGCUGUUUUUCUUUACAUUGACGGAUGACCGAUGAGUCGUUGUGAUUUUAGGUUUUGUCGUGUUUAUCAUGUGUCUUUUGGUUCAUAGCAGUCACUCUUCCAUGCCGUUCAUUCCCAAACGUCCUUUUAUUGUCCCAAAAUAGUGCCAACUUUCACCACUGUUUUUUAUGUUUACUACUGCCAUGAUGCUCAGUGCAGCUUUUCUUUGCUGCAUUGUGACAAAAAUAUAAAUGAUAAUAAUAUUGACAAUGAUGCAAUUUGUACACAGUUAUUUCAAAAACCGGUUGUCCGGUGUCGGCUUUUGAUUGGCAUUGUUUUGUGGCUUUAACAUUCCAUCAGUGUUCUCAUCAGUGUUCACAUCCGUCAGUGUUUGGUCCAAGAAUCCUGAUCAAACACAAGGACUCGACUAUCAAUUGACUCCCUGGGGUUUUUUUAGUAUUUUUUUAAUAAUGCCCCGUUGUAACUGUAAAUUUUCCAACUCUAUGAAUAGUAUUAGUUUCUAAGGUGUCUGGGCUGAGAACAAACAAAGGGUUACGUUUUUCUUCUGUGGUCUGAUUUUAUUUCUUUUUUCUAACCGAGUUGUUGUGUUCUAUGCUGAUAAAUGAGAAACUCACUGAUAUAACUUUAUAAUGAUUUUCAAUAAAAUGCAUCAUUUUGUCACAAAAA